UAACUAUGUCAACAAGAAUUUAGGCAGUUAGGAGAGACAGAAGGACUCAUGAACACCCUGAAUGUCCUGUUGUCCCUUUGUAUCCUCGGAAAACUUUGUUUUCCUGUGGCAGUUUUCCAAGAAGAGCUUGCUUGUUAGGCAGUAGAAACAUCCAUCUCUGAAGAGUCCCAGAAGUGUUCACCCUUACAUCUUUUAAGGAGCAGCGAACAAGAUGCAGACGCUGGACGACGACAGGCAGCCCAAGAAGAGCCUGAACCCCUACCUUCUCUUCUGCGUCUCAACAGCAGCGAUUGGCUCUCUGCAGUUUGGAUACAACACAGGAGUCAUCAAUGCACCUGAGACGAAAUUACGAACCUUUUUCCAGAAUGUGUCCAGUGAGCGCUACGGACAUCCUUUUUCCCCGGGAGCCACCACCAUGGUGUGGAGCUUCGCUGUGGCCAUCUUCAGUGUGGGUGGCAUGAUCGGGUCGCUCUCUGUUGGAAUCCUUGUCGACAAAUUCGGCAGGCGAAAAUCGAUGCUGCUUUCGAACAGCCUGGCUCUGUUGGGCGGCAGUCUGAUGGGACUGUCGUCUAUGUGUCGCUCCUUUGAGAUGGUCAUCAUUGGUCGAUUGGUCAUAGGUAUUUUCUGCGGUCUCUGUACUGGUCUGACCCCAAUGUACCUGGGCGAAAUCUCUCCAACCGCCCUGCGAGGAGCCUUUGGCACCCUGCACCAGCUGGGUGUCGUUGUUGGAAUCCUGGUGGCGCAGAUCUUUGGUUUGGAGGCUGCUUUGGGAUCAGACCGUUUAUGGCCUUUGCUGCUUUCUCUUACCAUCCUGCCGGCAGUGAUACAGAGCGCCAUGCUCCCUUUCUGCCCUGAAAGUCCUCGCUACCUCCUCAUCGUCCUCAACGAGGAGGAUGAGGCCAGGAAAGCCCUUGAGCGUCUGCGCGGCACUGAUAAUGUCAGUGACGACAUUCAGGAGAUGAAGGAGGAGGGCAUGAAGAUGGCUAUGGAGAAGAAAGUGUCUAUACCCGAACUCUUCCGCUCACCAAACUACCGCCAGCCGCUCAUCAUCGCCAUCACCCUGCAGCUCUCCCAGCAGCUGUCUGGCAUCAACGCUGUUUUCUACUACUCGACAGGCAUAUUUAAAUCUGCUGGUGUCUCUCAGCCCAUUUAUGCCACCAUCGGAGCCGGCAUCGUCAACACCGUCUUCACCAUCGUCUCUCUGUUCCUCAUUGAGCGGGCUGGAAGAAGGACACUGCACCUGAUCGGACUGGCAGGAAUGGCGGUCUCUGCCCUCCUCAUGACCAUCUUCCUGUCCUUAGUGGUGAGCCAGACACACAAUGAGUUAAUUUAUCAUUUGGUUUCUAGUUAUGCAUUUUAUCUAAGCUGUUGUCCUCUUGCCAUGCAGAACAGCAACCAGGUUAUGAGUUACCUGGCUAUCAUUGCUGUGUUCACCUUCGUCGCCAGCUUCGAGAUGGGUCCGGGUCCCAUCCCUUGGUUCAUUGUUGCUGAGCUCUUCUCUCAGGGGCCUCGACCUGCAGCCAUGGCCGUUUCUGGUUGCUCCAACUGGACCGCCAACUUCUUGGUGGGGCUGGGAUUUCCCAAACUGGAGGAACUUUGUGGCCCAUACGUCUUCCUCAUCUUCAUGGUCCUCCUGAUCCUCUUCUUCAUCUUCACCUUCCUGCGAGUCCCUGAGACCAAAGGAAGGACCUUCGAUCAAAUCGAGCAGGGAUUCGCCGCCAAACCCGCUCCCUCGUCGGCGCCUGACGCCAUGGUCCUCAGGCCUGACUCGGCCCCCAUGUCCACCACAUAAUAACUUCCCAUGGUGAAUCUACCUUCAGAGAAUCAGUAAUAAAAUUGGCUGGUAUGGAGGGAAAAUAAACUGCAGCUUCUUCCUGUAA